AUGUCAGCAGAUACUACAGAUAUACCUGUGAAUACUAGUUUGCAAACAGAUCCUGAGAUAGAUUUGGAUAAAAUCAUCAAUGGAGCCGAAUCAUUGACAGAGGAUAUCAUUAAAGAGACUAAAGAGAAUGCAAAGAAAAAUAAAAAGAAGAAGAAGAAGAAGAAGAAGAAAUCGCAACAGAUAUCCAUUGAUGUAACAAGUUCUGAUUCUGGCUUACAAAAUAAUAAAUCACUGAAUCUUGAUUCAAUUAUCGUAGGUAUCGAAGAAUAUUUACAGGAUAAUGUAGAAGGUGAUGUACCUGUAAAUAUCAAUAAAGAAAUUUCUGAAACCGAUGCUCAAAUGGAAGAUACAUCUGUUGAUGAUCAUGCUAAAGAUGAGAGCAUUGACAUUCCUGUAGAAUAUCCAAAUAAUAUGAAAAUUUCGGAUAAUAAAAGUUCAGCUUCUGCAAAUAAUUCUGAUAAGAAGAACACUGAAGAAAAUUCAGCAUAUGUGUUAAACAGUAUUUCCUCUAAUAAUGUUACACCUGUGAUAAGGAAUACUUCAAUGCAAGAGGAUCAUUUGAUUGAUGGCGUUUCUAAUAAACCAAAAAAGAGUAAAAAGCAUAAAAAGAAGGGGAAAACUAGGAAUAAAAAGAAAACUAAGAAACCUUCAGAGGAAACUAACACAGUGAUUAAAAAUAAUGAAGAAAGAAAAGAUGAUAUCGUGGCAACAACAGAAACUUCAAAUGCUUCUAAUAACGAAUAUGCCUCAACUCCGGUCAUAAAAGAAAAUGAAGAAUCAAUUGCUGAUCCAGAUAGUCCAGCUACUUAUAGUAAGUUGACUGCAAGUGCCAAUACUGAUUCUACAGUGGAUGAUAAAGAGACACAGCAGCAACUAGAAGAAGAUAUGGAGGGAACAAAACAAUCUGAUACUGAUGCUAUGACUGAUUAUGAUAUAUCUAUUUCAAAUAAAUCACCGGAAGGAAAUAUCGAUGAAUUAAUGGAAGCAAGAGAAAAUGUUAUUUCUGAAAAUGAUAAGAAUGAGUUUUAUAAAUCUGAAAUUAAAGAAGUAAAUGUUUCAAAAUUCCAAGUACAAGAUGAUCCUGUUUCACAUGGUACCGCUGCAGUGGAAGAUAUUGCAGUAGAUACAAGUAAUGAAAAUACUAGGUCUUCAAAAGAAGUGGAGGAAAAACAUCCACAACAAGAAAGGGAAGAGAAUUCUGACCUAUAUGAGACAUUCCAGUCAAAUAGUGCAAGGAUAGAAGAUAUGGUUAAUGAAAAAAAAGAGCAUACAGCUUCCUCAUCAUUAGACAUAGACUCUACUUUAACUAGUAUUGAGAACGGUAGUUCAUUGGUGCUUAAGGCAAAUCCCCAAGAAUCCUUAGUGGUUGACAAUUCGAAUCAAAAAGGGUUACACCAGAAGGAAAAUGGAGAUAAAAUUCUUGAGGAAGAUAAUUUAUCCGAAACAAAUUCUUCAAAAGAUUGCAAUGGAGAAGAUGCAGAAAAACAACCAAAUCAAGUUACAGAUAUUCAAGAAGAACCAGCAGGUGAAUCAGAUAUCCCUGAAGACAUAGCGGAAAAUUCUGUGACAGAAUUUAAAAUUGUAUCUGAUGAAAAUUCAAUUAGUUCAAAAUCACAUUCUGAUAAUGCUGAAGUUAUUCAAUCUUCAAAUUCAGAAAAAGAAGAGGAGGUGAAUAAAAUAGAAAUAAGCAAAUGUGUAUCAGAAAUACAAGAAGAAGAAAAAGGAGAAGAAGCAAGGGAAAUUUUAGAAAUGUUAAGUGAUAAAGAAUCACCAUCUGAAGAACAAAUCUGUAAUGUUAUGGUGAAUGAUUCAACAGAUAUAGUAGAUUCAGUUGAAGGACUUUCUCUAUCUGAAAGUAAAAACAACUCUUUGCCUCAAGAAGGACAUACUCAACCUGACUCUUCUCAAUCCCAUAGUAUCACAAACACAUCAUUAGAUGACUUAUUUGCUGAAACUGAAGAAUUGUUAACUAACUUAGAAUAUGUUGAUGAUUCAGAAUUGAAUCAACUACUAGGAAUAGGUAAAAGUUCAAAUGAAAAAAUAAAAAAUAGUGAAAAUAUUCUGAAGAGUAGUGAGAUCGAGCAAGCAAACAAACAAGAACCAGUGUACAUAUACACAUCUCUUGCUGGUGGAGGUUUUCAUAUGAUACCGAGAACCAAUAGAUUAGCAACAAUAUUGCAAGCAAAUAAAAUUGAAUUUACCUAUAGAGAUCUUGGAACAGAUGCUGAAGCACGUAAAGUGUGGAAAACGUUUAGUCGUGGUAGAACUUUACCUGCCGUUGUAAGAGGUCGUGAUACAAUAGUAGGCAAUUGGGAAGAAAUAGAUGAAUUUAAUGAGGAAUAUCGUGUACGUCAAGAAAUAUAUGAAGCAUUAUGA